UCCUUGUAUGUAAACAAAAGGCGGGAAAGUGCUUACUUGUUCCUACGUAUAGUUUCUGUGUUUUAUUAUUUAUUUUACUUUUACCUGACAAUUGAUAAUUCUUACAGUCAGUACUGUGUACUUCGUAGCCCCAUUGUUUCUAUAGCUCGCUAUGGUUAUUAAUGCUUCAUUUCAUUUAUUUACAUAAGACACGAUAGUAAACGUAGAAGUGUCUUGUUCUUCGUGGUUAGCAUGUUUGGUUCAAAGACGGCUUUUUCUUUUAUAACAUUUUUACGACAUUGAUUUCUAAAAAGGAUAAGAUGGAUAGCUUUUCAGAUCCUGCAAUAAAACUUAAGUACAAUAAGUCGAAACUUAAAGUAAAACUUUGGGAAAGUGAGUUUAGAAAGAAAACUGGGAACAAUCCUUCAAAGGAUGACAUCAAAGAAGCUCCGUGUGAAAUCAGAGACGCCUACAAGUGGUAUUGGCAAAUCAAGAUCCAUGCGCUAGGGCAAGAUUCGUUGCUAGAUGCUACUUUUGUUGAAACAAAGAAAUCGGAACCAACAGCUGAGGCCUCUGUCUCUGAUGAUAGCUCAAUUAGUCAUAGCAGCUGUUCUGACGGCAAGAAGACCGUAAUUGACAACCAUGAGCAAAAAGUUGAGGUUGAUUGUCCAUCAAACUCAAUCAGCCCAACCCAAAUGCAAGGACCAAUUGCUGAGAAGAUUGUCCCUCCUACAAAAGACAAGCUCAUCUCUGACUGUAUUGAGAAGACAACCGACACCUCUGUUCCUCUUCCAACAUCAGUAUGGGGUUCUCACUUGAAUAAAACUCGCAGUCUUGAUGAUGAUGCCCCAAAGAAAAGGAAUCUCAAUCGUUCAUCAUCGUCAUUUCAUCUGUCUGAAAAGCUUUUUGUUGGUGCCAAGUUUAAAAAGAGAAAUCCAAGGAAAUCAUUGUCUUUUGCAGGAGGAAGAGGAAAAGAUAAAAGUUCUUUAAUUUCAUCUGACAGCCUCAUUGCAACAUCUGACUCAUCAUUUUCUUUGGACAAUUCCCAAGGGCUUGAUGAUGGAUUCCCUGUCAGUGAUCUUGAAAAGGAAAUGAAAAUGGAAUCCAGCUUUACCUUUGGGAAUCAAGAUUUCAAGAUGGUCAGAAACAAUGCCGCUCCUCAUUUCCACCCAGUUAAUGCCGUUCAAAAAAUGAUAGAAAGUGAUAUGAAGACAUCGAAGCCUAAAGUUGAACGAUCACUAGACAAAGGAUGGCUAGAAAGAGUAAUGCAGUUUGAAGAACAUUCAGGUCAGGAGACCAAAAAAACUGUAGCUUUGUCUCAAACACAGCGUGCUGAGUGCCAAUCCACAAUUGCUCAGUCAGCUUUCUCUGAUGAAAGUGAUGAUGAUAUUAUAUACGGGAGUGAUAAUGAAAGCAAAAGCCCAAGAAAAAUGGAAAAGGAGGAGAAAACUCGACUUGCAUUGCGAUCCACUGCACUUCAGGAGCCUAAUCCUGUAGUAACAGCACUGAGUAAUGAACCUUGUUCAAAUACUUCACCAUUAACUGAAAAUACUGAAGGAAAUGUUAAGAAAAGAAAACUAGAUGCUAUUGAAGCUGCAAUGGCCGUGCUCUCCGAGCGAAGGAAGAAUGACAAGACUAUUGUUCAGCCUAGCAAGAAACUUAAAAGGGCCAUUUCAUCUAAUCAAGAUAAGCAUAUCUCUGAUGAAGAGGAGAGUGAAAACAUUAAAACUUCUGAGUCAUCCUCUACCAAGAAACCAGCUAAAGCAGGAAUGUCCAAGAAGGAUGUCUUAGAAAAAAAAGUAGCAAGUGGAUCCGUGAAUGAUAACUUUGUUCGUAUUAACAUGAAAAAGAAAGUCUUUGUCAGAGGAAAAAAGACUAUGAAUUUUCAAAAGUACAAGAAACAGCAGUGGAAAAACAAGAAAAGGGAACUUUCUGAUCAAGCAAGUGCAUAUAUGAGUCGUCUAGAUCCCAGCGACAGUGCUGCCGGUGGAGGUUUACAGAAGUGUUUCCAAUGUGGAGAUGUUGGUCACUUUGCAAGGCAAUGCACUAAAAUGAAAGGGGAUAGUCUAAUGCCUAAUUGUGAAGAAGGGGAAGAGGAGAGCCCCUUCCCCUCUCUAGAAGAAGUUGAAAAAAUGGCUAAAGAUAAAAAGGAAACAGUACAUUUUCGACCACGGAACUAUUCCAAAACCAGCGAUCCUUGUAGUAAAGUCAUACCUUCAGAAGAAAGUAAUAUUAGUACAGCAAAUGACAUAUGUACUGAAGAUAUGGUAUUUGUCGAUCCAACUGAGAAUGGAGAAGAAGAAAAUGAUGAUGUGAGCAUAAUGAAUGAGCCAGUAAAUAAUUAUGAGAAGAAGUUUGGAUCAGUUGAACCACUGUACUCCUUGACUCAGAAUGGUUCUCUCAUAGAUACUCCAUCUGAAGUAUAUGAUUGCCUUCAUAAAUUUGGCCAUGAAAAUUUCAGGCCUGGUCAAGAAGCAGCUGUCAUGAGAAUUUUAUCAGGUUUAUCAACACUAGUUACCCUCUCAACUGGCUCUGGAAAAUCCUUAUGCUAUCAACUACCAGCAUACUUAUUUUCCUUGAAACGGAAAUGCAUAACAUUAGUUGUGUCACCUCUUGUCUCUCUUAUGGAUGACCAGAUUUCUGGACUCCCAUCAUUUAUUAAUGGUGCAGCUCUCCAUACUGGGCAGACUGAAAAGCAGCGGGAGAAAGUCAUUGAACUGGCAAAAGCUGGUAAACUGCAAUUUCUUCUGGUUUCUCCUGAGGCAGUUGUUGCUGGGGAAAGAAAAACAGGAUUUGGCAGCUUGUUGCGUUCAUUGCCAGAUAUAGCGUUUGCUUGCAUUGAUGAAGCCCAUUGUGUAUCUCAGUGGUCUCACAACUUCAGACCUUCAUAUCUUGUUAUAUUUAAAGUUCUUCGGGAAAAGCUUGGUGUCCAAACUGUGUUAGGUUUGACAGCUACAGCAACUCAAGCAGCAGUGUCUAGUAUUGUUGAGCAUAUGGAAAUUCCUGAUGGUUGCCGUGGUGUAAUCAAAGACACACCUUUACCCAAUAACUUAUUACUCACAGUUUCACGUGAUUCACAACGUGAUCAAGCGCUUCUAGCUCUACUUAAUUCAACAGGAUUUAAAGACUUUAAAUCAAUUAUUGUAUACUGCAUUCGACGUGAAGAGUGUGAAAGACUUGCUGCUCAAUUAAGAACAUGCCUCAAAAAUUCCACAGAAGUUACCACUGGGAAGCGGAAAGUGUCUCCUAUUUCAGAAGCAUACCAUGCUGGACUGAGUUCUAGCCGGAGAAAACAGGUACAAGCUGGCUUCAUGUCUGGUCAUAUACGUAUUGUUGUGGCUACUGUGGCAUUUGGGAUGGGUAUUAAUAAAGCUGAUAUUCGUGCCGUAAUACACUUUAACAUGCCACGCAACUUUGAAAGCUAUGUCCAAGAAGUUGGACGAGCUGGACGAGAUGGCCUUCCAUCUCAGUGUCAUUUGUUCCUCAAUAGUGAGGGCAGGGAUUUGAAUGAAUUGAGACGACAUAUAUUUGCUGAUUCAGUUGAUAGGCACACCAUAAGAAAGCUUUUGCAAAGAGUGUUCGUACCCUGUAAGUGUGGUGAAAGCACUGGGAAUUCCAAUAAAAAUCUUGUGUCAUCUACUAUAGAACUAAAACCAGAAGUACAAGAUGCCUCAGACAAGCUUUCUGAUGAAAUUUCUGAUAAUCAGGAAAAAUCUACACAUUGUACCCAUCAUGAAGUAGCGUUCAGUGUUGAACAAACAGUAGCUGCUUUGGAUCUCCCGGAAGAGAACAUCACAACAUUAUUAUGUUAUCUAGAGCUACAUGACAAGAAACUUGUGCAAGUAAUGCCUAAAGCGUAUACUUCCUGCCGCAUACAGAGCUACAAAGGCAUGAGACAUAUUAGGGAGGUAGCAAGAUCAUGUCCACCAUUAGCAAUGGCUAUAGCUAUGAAUCUUAUGAAUGGCAAUUCUCUUGAUAAAAACCCCCAAAUUGAGUUUCCUGUGGUAGAGAUUGCUAAUACUAUUGGCUGGGAUAGUGGUGUGGUGAAACGAGAACUAAUGAAUCUUGAGUGGUCGAAAGUAAAUGGGAACUCUCGACGAUCUGGAAUAAAAGUAGAGCUCUUUGAUUUGGGCUUCCGUCUAAGAGCCCCUGGAAAUUUAUCUCCUGAAAAACUGGAUGCAGCCCUUGACUUUCUACAUGACAGGGUUGUAAAGCAAGAGCAAUCUGCUUUAAGUCAGUUGCAAACAAUUUUCAACGCUGUAACAAGUGUAUCUUUCUCAAACCUUUCUGCAAUGGAAUCGAAACCAGAAGAAUGGGAUAAGCAUUCAAAUGAUUUGAAAAAAAUAGUGAGAGCUUAUUUCCAAGAAGAAAAAAUUAUGACUAUUAACUUAAAGACUGAGGAAAAAUUGGAAAAUGGUGAUCAAAUAGCCAAUGACAUUAGGCAGAUGGUGUUAAUGUACCGUGACACAAACUUCACAGGCCGGGCAGUAGCACGAAUAUUUCAUGGGAUCGGGAGCCCUAAUUUUCCUCCUCAGGUUUGGGGAAGAUGCCGCUUUUGGCGUGCUCAUUUAGAGUCGGACUUCAAGCUUAUUUGUCUCUUAGCUACCAGAGUUUUGCUCAAAAUGCGAUAAAUUUGCUGUGAUAUGCUGUGGCUACAGUUUAAAGGACUCAAAUUUGUGUGUAGAUUGACAUUUGCUAUUAGCAAUGGUUUUGUGGGAAAUUUGGGUUUCGCUCAAUUCAUAUAUGAAAAAAAUCUAUGCAUGUGAUGACUGAGUGCCAAGAAUCAGAAAUGGAAAUGAAGCUAGUCAAUUUUAAGUGUUCAUCAAUUUUAUUUUUGUUUUAUAUUCUUAAACUAGCAAUAAAACACAUUGCAUACUGUACAAA